AACAAGGAGCAGAUCUCUUUUUCAGGAGGUUCAGCCUAUAAUCCAGUGGGCAGAGAGCAACUUGUCUGCUCUGACGGCGGAACACCUCCCAGGGGUAAGGAAUCAGGAGGCAGACUUCCUGAGCCGAAACAGCAUCUCAAGCCACGAAUGGGCAUUGAACAGAGAGGUUUUUCAGAGCAUAGUGGGAAAUUGGGGUCUACCAGAGUGCGACCUCCUAGCCUCUCACCUCAAUGCAAAAGUCCCGAGGUUCUUCUCGAGGAGAUAUUGCCAGACAGCAGUAGGAUCAGAUGCUCUACUGCAGACAUGGUCCUUCAAACUGGCGUAUGCAUUUCCUCCAUUCCCUCUAAUACUGAGAGUUCUUCAAAAGCUCAUUCAGGAGAGAGGAGAUCUGAUUCUGAUUGCACCAAACUGGCCACGCAGGCCUUGGUAUCCCCUGCUCCUAAAGUUGUCAACAACUCCUCCUUGGCCACUACCAAUGAGGAAGGACUUGCUCAGCCAGGGCCCUAUUCUGCAUCCGAACCCAGCAGCCCUAUCCCUACAGGCUUGGAGGUUGAGCGCAAGAGAUUGGCCACACUAGGCCUCCCCAGGGAGGUGGUAGACACCUUACUCAAAGCAAGGAAGACCCUUAGGGUGCAUGCCUCAGCUCUGUCAGCUCUAUCUGGAUCCACUUGGUCUGCAGACCCGACAGUACAAAGAUUUUUCAAGGCAGUCUUAAAGAUACGACCUCCUGUCACCAAAUCUCCUCCGGCAUGGAGUCUUCCUUUAGUCCUAAGAUCUCUAUCAACAACACCGUUUGAUCCCUUGGAAUCAAUAUCUACAUGGCUACUCACUCUUAAGACUCUAUUCCUGCUGGCCAUCGCCUCAGCUUGCAGAAUAGGAGAAAAGGGGCAGGCCGCUGCCUCUUCUACCAUCAGUAGAUGGAUUUCCUUGUGUAUUUCCAAGGCCUAUGAAAUACAGGGCAAGCUAGCUCCGGAGGGUUUAAGAGCCCACUCUACUAGGGCUGUGUCAACAUCCUGGGCAGCAUUGGCAGAUGUUCCUACCCCACACAUCUGUGAGGUGGCCUCCUGGGCUUCGGCACGAACCUUUGUGAAACAUUACAGGCUGGAUAUGUCCUCCUCGAGCAAUCAUUCCUUUGCUACUGGAGCUCACUUGGCCUUUACGACUCAAUAA